AUGCAAAGAGUAGUGGGCCGGGGCCACCCUCGAAAGCCCGCGGCGCGGGCGCUGCCCCUCCCCCACGGGCUGGCGGCCCCGCUCACCUGGAGCGCGCGGCGGCGCCGGAGGCGCGAGGGGAGCGAGAGGCGCGAGGCGAGCAAGGGCCAGCGGAGCGCUGCUCGGACUUCUGCGACAAAGCUCGGGGCGAAGCUUCGUUGGCGAGGCACGGACACCCUCCGUUCGGGUCCAGGGGUCCGGCGGGGCUCGGGAAGGGAUUGUCACCAACUUCGUUUUCCCCUCCCCCUUCGCAGCUUUAUGGGGGAAAAGGGGGGCGGUAGCCCCGGAAAAGUCGAAGCUGGUCGAGGAAAUUGCUGGUUUCGUUUCCUUCCCGCCAAGGAGGGACUGAGCCAACAGAGCCCGCAGGGGGCGGCGGUCUUGCGCUGGAAAAGAGUGCUAGACUGCGGGAGAGAAGAGGCUCCGCCACCGCCGCCACCGCAGACAGCUCCGCAAUAUGGCCGCCCGGCGGCUCCUCCGGGGGAAAAGGCGGGGCUGUCCCGCGCCGCCCCCUCCCCCUGCCGGCCGGCGGCCGCGCGCUACGGUCUGUGCACCGCGGCCGCAGCCUCUGCUGCCUCCUCUGCCUCCGCUUCGGGUGCCGCCCCCACUCCUCCCCCUCCGCGCGACGGCGUCCUAUCACUCCUCCGACCUCAUUGCCCCCUCCCUCCCCUUCCCCCCCCACUCCUCGGUCCAGUCCGAAAAUUCUAUCUUCUUCCCCGUCCGCUCUCCCUUCUCCCGGAUAUUACCCCUUUCCCUGUGUGGGGAUAUGUGUGGAAUCAUUCUCUUGGGAAGGGAAACAGGAGGGAGACUAACCAAGAUGUCCCCAAGAGUUAAGAGCCCUCACAGCUGAUUUUCUUGUCCUCCUUCGAAGAGAGGAGAUGAGUCCCCCCAGAAAUGCCUGGAAUCAGCUCCCCUGGGCCGACCUGAGCUUGCGCUGGGAGGCUCUCCUCCUUAAGAAGAGAAAAGUUUAAACUCCCUUUGACCUUUUCCAAGAGGAAACUUCUUUGCCAGCUAAUAACUGAUUUUUUCUUCCCGGGAAGAGACGCAAACUACACGAGCUUUCUCUUUCUUACCUCGUGAUGGGACGGCUCAUCCUCCGGAAGUUUUCAAUAAACAACUUUUCUGCCUUCUACUGAGUGAUCUCUGAGUAGUCAUU